AUGGGGGCGUUAGCCGCCAUUGCCAUCUCCAUUGCUGGAAUUAUUGCGACUGUGGUGGUGGCUGGAAAAAAGACCAUCACGGGAGAAGCUAAUGGACUUGGAGCUGCCGGAAAAGAGUUUGCAAAGUUUGCAAAAGCUGCACUGCCAAUCCUGGUACUAUUUUAAAUAUGUUAAGUACAACCUAGGUUGGGGAACCAAGGGUCUUGCCUUCCUCGCCCAGAAUUUGUGGAUCGUGGUGAUCGUAAUUGCCGGAGCUAUAUUCAGGUAUUUGCAAAAUAGACGUAAAAAAAUAUCUUUUUGUACUAUAAAUAAAACAUAAUGAACCGAACGGCUGAACUCAUGCCUGAUUUCCAACGUAUGAACAAGGCAGAAACAGUGCCGUACCCAGAACGAUAAUUGGGGGGCACAUAUUCAUAUAUUCGUGUUCGCAUUAAUUUUGCUUUUGAGAAUCAAUAGUUUUUAUAGUAUGUAUACGAAUAUAUGAAUAUGGCCUUUAAUUAUCAUUCUGGCUACGGGACUGGGCAGAAAUUACCGGCUUAUCGUUAUGUUGUUUAAGAACAAGACAAAGACAGACAGUGAAGAAUAUGUUUACACCAACAUCGAAAAGGUUAGGGUAACCGUGGAAGGCGUACCAAACGCUGUCUACAGUCAAGCUAUUCCGAAAACAAGACUGUACGAAGAGGCAAGACGAUUGUUCGGCACUGAUGAAAUCAGUCUACAUCUGCGAACGUCGUAUGUCACAUGUUCGUUCUUUCUGACGGUGUCACCGGAAUUGCAAACGGACAACUCGCUGGAGUACAGUACUAAAAUAAUAAAAAAUAUUUAG